AAUAUUUAGAUAGCAUUCAGUUAAACUAUACAUGCAUCACACGUGCGCUUUCCUUAAUACACAGCAACAAACUCGGCAGAGGAGAAAACCACAGUGCCACGCCAUGAUAAAAAAUGCUUAACUUUUAGUAGUUAAAAAGAGAAAAUAGAAGCCAAUUGGAGAGCGAAAUGUGAGACAGCGCAAGCAGAAGUCCCACCCUCGCCUGCGCGCUCGAGCCUCGGUAAAGCUGCAGCAUGUUCGCUGCUCAGAGGGACUAUGGUGGAGGGGAAAUAGUCAUGGCGGCGCUCGCGGAGGAGGGGAGGUACCGUGUGAGCUGCUGCGGUCGCGAUGGGACCGCGACCUCCGUGUUACACGUGAAACUGACCGAGACAGUUUACAGGGCGUUAAAGAAUUACCAAAACUCUAAGAAUGCGUUGUCCUCAAGACCAACAAUACAGUUCAAGGGGCAACAAGGGAGCGUGAGGAUUCCCCGAGCGGACGACCCCUCUGCUUCGGCCUCCUUUGACUUCUUCGUGUCCCGAGUCGGGAAGGACGGCCCUCAGGGAAGCUUUGAGUGCGUGCGCCAGGAUGUCUCGGGCAGCGACGUGCCCCUCCUGUCCUGCAUGGGUGUGGUGCAGGACAAGAUCACGCUCUGUGCCUCUAGCUCCCACGACCCCCCGCAGCGCCCCCCACAGGCUGAGGUGGGUAUGCGCAAACGGGAGACCAAACCCGCCAAGCCUGCCGACGGCCCCUCCACAGGUAAGAGGGUCCCUUUCCGAAAGCCGGCUCCGUCCUCCUCCCCCUCUGACCUGGUCCCGGAGCGGAAGCGCUCCACGCCCGUCAACCCGGCCGCCCUGCUCCGGAAGGGUCCCCCGAACCCGCCGCCGGUGUCCCAGGCGCGCUACCGCGACCGCGUGGUCCACCUGCUGGCCCUGCGGCCCCACAAGAAGCUGGCGGUGCUGGCCCGUCUGCAGCGGGACAAGAUCAACCCCAAGGACCUGGGCAGCACUCUGCAGCAGGUGGCCAAUCUGAACCCGAAGGACAACACGUACUCCCUGAAGGACCACCUGUACCGGGAUGUCCGGAGGGACUGGCCCGGGUACUCAGAGGAGGAGCGGGAACAGCUGGGGCAGAUUCUGGCCAGCAAAUUUGGCACCCAGUGUGAGUCUCCCUCCACCAAAAGUCCAAAAGAGUCCAUUCCAACUUCACAACAGAGAGGUCAGGAGUGCGACUUCAUCGACCCUCUGAUGCCCAAGAAGUCCCGGAUCUCCCACAUCAGCAGCCGCGCCCCCGUGACCCCGCCUCCGAGCGAUGGCCACGCCCCCUCCAAGGAGGACAAGCCCGCCCCGCCCGCCCCCCACCUCCCAGCGUCCAACCCGCCGCUCCCCCUCAGCUCCCGCUCCCCGAGCACGCCGGAGGGCUGCGGCACCCAGGCCCUGCCCGUCGACGCCCAGAGCUCCCGCGUGGACCAAUCACGGAGCUCCUCCACGCCCGCUCCUAGCCCCGCCCCUGCCCUUGCUCCCGGCUCUGCCCCCACCCUCGAGCAGAGGGAGGGCGGCGGGAGCAAGAAGCCCAAAAAGAGGUCCAAAAAGCGCAAGGAGAGGGAGGAGAGCCCGGACCUCCCCACCACCAAGAUCGCCAAAUCUGACCGAGAAGAAAGCACAGAGGCUCCGGUCCGCUCCAUGGAGGUGACCUCCACCGACGUGAUUCCAGAUUACUUACAUAAGUUCACCGCCGUGACGUCCAUGACGCAGCGUCAGAGCUACAAGGACGACUUCAACGCGGAGUACGGCGAGUACUGUGCGCUGCACGCCCGCGUGGAGAAGGUCACCCGCCGCUUCACCCAGCUGGACUCCCAGUGCAAGCUGCUCCAGCCCGGCACCAAGGAGCACAAGGAGGUCCAGGAAGAAGUCUUACAGGAGUACAACAAAAUGAAACGAACCAGCCCCAGCUACAGGGAGAUGAAGCAGAGGUGUGAGCACCUCCAUAACAAGCUGGCCCACAUCAAGCGCCUGAUCGCCGAAUUCGACCAGCAGCGCGCCCGCACCUGGGACUACUGCGCCGACGCUGGGAGGGACGGGCGGGCCAUCCCCAGCACAUGACCCGCCCCAGAAACCCGCCGCCCCGCCUCCCCCGCCCUCUCCAGGCCCCGCCCCCAAAAAUACCCCACCCACCCCCCUCAGGCCAAAACAUUUCACCUGGUGUAAAAUCAGAUUCUUUAUUAUCUUCCUCUUCCUUUUAUUUCCCUCUUUCUUUUUUUUUUUUUUUCUUCCAGUGUUUCUUCAGUUGUGUUCCUCUGAAACCUUUAGAGGAAGUGAGAAAAAUGUCCUAUGCAUGCUGGGAGACCUGCUGACCUGGCAAAAAAACAACAAAAAAAAACAAAACCAAAAAAGAACAAAAAAUAUAUUUUUGAAAAGGAGGAAAAAAGAUGCAUUUGCAGAAAAGGAGAGGGAAGAUGUGUUUAUCUAGGAGAGAGGAGACUGGAGACUCCGCAGAUGGGGGAUAAUCUGAAGUGUGUCUUUAUAAGUGCUGCAGAAUGCACCAGCCAGCCUAAUGUGUUAAAGGUCUUUCAAAA